AUGGGCACAUCGCACGGCAAACAACGCCUAUAUGUGGCGUCCGAUGGAAAGGAAAAGUCAACGUUGAAACGACAAAAUUACCGUGGGCUGUCUUCUGAAAGACGAUUAUUUAAUGAUCAUGGUUACAUUCGUGAGUUGAGUGAUUUCAAACCUGCAUUUGCGAACCCCCUUUCUGAUUAUCGCAGACAAAUGCGAGCUUCAUCUCCAUGUCUGGCGUUCAGCACGAGCUCUUCCAAUAAAUCGAAAUCCAACCAGAAGGUGCGACAAAAUUUGUGCCAUGUAUCGGUUCCUACUGCUUCACAAAUGCGGUCUGGCUAUGCUCAGUCAAAAACUCUGGCAUACGAUAAUAGUUUGGAAUCCUGCGGAAAUGUGCGUCACAAUUCGGCGGCCAGAAGAAAUAAAGCUGCUAAAAGACAUCAACUUCGCAGAUCAGAAGAGAAUAACAAGGGACUACGAAACGGAUCCAAAAUGGAUGACAACUACGGGGCAGAUGCUGCAUCAGAAAGUGGACUUUUCGGCGCACAUGAUUAUUCAGACAGUGGAGACAGGCACAACCUAGUGAACACUGCUAGAGUGUCCGAUAAAGAAGUCUCUGUUGGAAACCAGCAGGACAUGGGGCCUCUGGAAACUGGAACUUCAUCAAGCUUGAAUGCAAGGUUGAACCCGAGGGAAUUAAAUUAUCCAGAAAUGUCCACUGGGGAUAUGGCACACACAGCAGGGCCAGCAUUCACAAACACAAGUGAGAGGCAAGAUUGUUACAGUGCUUCCACGCUGGUAACAGACAAGCCCCCGACGCCGCCUCAAAAAUCCAAAACAACAAACCUCCCGACACUGCCAGAGAGACGGCCACCCCGUCCUGUAGAAUCAGCGGCCAAAAUACGAACAACAGAUUCUGGGUUGCAAUUUUCUGCUAUGAAUCGGCUUCCCACUCCCAAACUAAGAGAUCACACUCCAUCCGUACGUUCCAGUUCACUGUCUAGGCCUUCCACAGCAGAUGGUUGGUCCCGCAUUCCACAGGACCGAGCUAGCCCAUUAACUGUGCUGAAACCUAGGCGUAGCAGCUCGGUUUCUCAAAAGUCAGAAUCGGACUCAAAUACAGAGAAACAACAGAACUUGUCGAGAAUCGAAUAUACCUUUUACAUAAAUGACACAGAAGCCUAUCAGAGACCAUUCUAUGACAGACGAGUUGAGGCCAUCGCAAGAGCCAGUCAGUGUAGUAUAUCCCUCCACAAGCCACCUCCGGGUCACAAGCCAGUUUAUUAUAAAGGUAUACGCGUCCUACCGGUUACGAUAUCAUCACGCACCAUGGUUUCUUUAAAGCGCUGCAUAGCACGACUUGAUAUGCAGUACCCAUAUUUUAACGUCAAAGCAUUCUGUCCACCGGAUAUGUAC